CGACUGACUCGACUCAUACCUACCUUGCUGCUUGCACACCCGCGCCAUUUCAGAGAUUUCAGUCGGCAACGUGACUUCGAAGUGCAGACGGACUGAGUCACAACCAGCCUAGACGGUCCCUCGUAUUCCCCCAAUCUCCAUCGCGUUGAUUGAAUGUCCGCUAUCCGAACUGAGCUUGCGCCGGGGGACCGAUAUCGCUCGAACGACCUGAUCAACUUACAAGGGGGCUCGACAGAGUCAUGGCAAUCAGUUGAAACCUCAACAAUGGCGACUACUUCUGGAACAGGGGCUACCCCGGCUCUGGACGCCAAACCUAUUCACGAUGAUGUUUCAAUCACUCAAAAGAUGAUUUCAGCCACAACCGGCAGUGUUCUCACAGCUCUGCUAGCCACUCCUCUCGAUGUCGUCCGAGUCCGCUUGCAAGCCCAAUCCUCAGUCAAGAACACGUCCCCAUUCGCCUCCCACACCACACACUCGCUGAAAAACGUCCCUUCAGACCUCGGGGUUACGGCUUGUUGUCGGGAGGUCUUUUGGAUCGGUCAAAAUGCACAAAUGUGCGUCGCCGGGCCUGGUGCCGGUAACAUAGGCGCUGCAUCCAUGACGGAGUGCGCGGUGGAAGAGACUCAGCGCAGAACGUUCACCUCGACCCUGGAUGGGCUACGAAAGAUCGCUCGAAACGAAGGAGUCUGGACGCUCUGGCGUGGACUCAGUCCCACCCUGAUGAUGGGAAUACCGGCAAAUAUCAUCUACUUUGCUGGCUACGAUUGGCUGCGAGCCGAUGACAGAAGCCCUAUCAAAUCUCUUGUCCCCGUCGCGUACGCUCCGCUGGUCGCAGGUUCGGUCGCAAGGACGGCCGCUGCAUCUGCCAUCAGUCCGAUCGAGAUGUUCCGGACGCGAUUGCAAGCUACUCCAGGUACAGGCGCAGGGCAUUUCAAGGCGACCCUUGAGGGGUUACACCAGAUGGUCCAAGCCAACGGUUACAGCUCGCUCUGGAGAGGGCUGACUCUUACCAUGUGGCGAGAUGUGCCUUUCUCCGGCUUAUAUUGGUGGGGAUAUGAAGAGGUCAAGAGCUACUUCAUCGAGGCGCGCAAGAAGGCUUACAUGAAUCGCCUGCCACACGAUAUCUCAUUCUCCAGCCACCAAACACCACACGACCUCGAUACCCCGACAUUUCUCGACAGCUUCAUUGCAGGAGCGUCCUCUGGCUCUCUUGCAGCUUUCGUGACCACUCCGUUCGACGUGGGCAAGACACGCCAACAAGUAUUCCGACAUAUGGGCGACGAAGCAUCGAGCGCCCUCGGAGAUAGUGCGAAGGGGACACCACACCCCGAACAACUUCCCCUGCCCAAAUUCCUGAUGCACAUUUUCCGUGAAGAAGGCAUGGCGGGACUCUUCCGUGGCUGGGUUGCACGGUGCCUCAAAGUCGCCCCCGCCUGCGCGAUUAUGAUCUCAUCCUACGAGCUUGGAAAGAAGAUGGCACGAAACGUCAACGAGCGGACUCGGUCUGCAGAUGAACUGCCCUCUUCAGAAUAGAAGUACCCAAGAUCCAUCCUCAUCCUGAUCAACGCAACGACACAGCGAAAAUCUCCCUUGAAUACACUCAUAGUGCUUAGCCAUAGCCAGCCAACCUUGGUGCAACAUACCCUUGUCUGAUGAACUCGGUAAACGAUCGCAGAUACAGACACCAUCUCUACUCUCUUCCCUUCCAUCCACCUUGGCCAUUUUUUGUCUUUCGGUGAUCUUGCAUUGAGCCUGAACCAUAGACACAUUUCUCGUCCUCUUUAAUUUUCUGAAAUGUUCCUACAUUUUGUUUCCAUCCUGUCUUCCAUUUCUGCAUGGCGCUGAAAAAGGGUGGGCCCGUGUUUUGUUUUGUUGGUACAACACGGUUUUCUGAUUUCAUGUACAACAUCAUAU